GGGGGGUUCUCUGGAGACCCCCAACCUGUCAGCAGGACUGCUGGGACCUGCCCCCAUGUCUUCAGCUCGGGCAGCAGGAGGGACAUCCUCCAGCUGGGGAGGAGGAUCUAGUUUGUCAGGAAAGAACCAGCUGGGACAGAACAAGCUGAGAAGCAGAGUUGUGGUGGUGAAAUACGCCAGGAAGCCUCUGAGCAACAAGACUCUGUUCGCCUUCACUGAGCCGUUCGGCUGCUUGAGGGAGCACCUGGUCCUCAACAACAAGGCGUUCUUAGAGAUGAACAGUCACGAGGAGGCUCAGGACAUGGUGAACUACUACGAUCAGCAUCCUGCAGCUCUGUACGGCAAACCCAUCACCUUCUACCUGUCCAGGAGGCUCAUGGUCAUCGAGAAAGAAGGUCGGUCGUCGGACACGUUGAUGGACAGGCCUGUCAGGGAGGUCAAAGGUCACGGCAGCCAGGUGGUUUUCUUCUCCAACCUGCCCAGAGAGGAAGAGAAGAAGAAGGAGCUGCUGACCAUCGCUGGACGCUUUGGCAUUGUGGAGAAACACCUGUUUUUAACUGACCAG